AUGAUUUCAAUUGGCUAUUUUGGAUCUGAAUUCGAAAAACAGUGAGGCAUAUCUAACAAAGAGAAGGGGUUAAUGGGGACAAUUUAUCAGCUUGGGUCUCUUUUAGGGUCAUAUUUGUGAGGAAGCAUUUCUGAUAAUUAUGGCCGUUCUUUUUCGCUUAAGAGAAGCAUAAUUUUGCUCAUUAUUGGAGGAUUUUUAUGGAUUUUUUCUGAGAAUAUUAUUGAAAUAUAUAUUCUGUGCUUUAUUUCUGGCAUAGGAAAUAUUGGGGAAUUAGUGCUAACACCGGUGGUUUUUAAAGAAUUUUGUCCGAUUAAAAAUGUGAGUUUUGCGACUAUGCUCAAUAUAGGGUUUCCGAUUGGAGGCCUUUUAAUAUCGAUUAUUGUAAUUAUUAUCAGAAUUAUUGAUAGCAAUCAUUUAGAGGACUGAAAAUUUCUGACAAUUAUUAUGGUUUUCUGCCAGAUUUUGAUUUUUAUUGACAGAAUUGAUAUGGACGAAACACCUGGAUUUUUAGCUGUGAACCAAAAGCCACAAAAAGCAAAAGAAGUUUUACAAAAUGUGGCGAAAAAUAAUAAAUCGGAUUUGAAAAUAGGGAAAAUAGAAAUUCAGGAAAAUAUAUCAAAAAAUCAUAGCAGAAUAAGAAUUUUACUAUCUAAAACAUAUUUAAAGUCCAGUAUUUUACUAUCAAUCAUAUAUUUUCUCAUUCUUUUUGGGACUUUUAGUCUCCUCUUAUUUAUGCCCCGAUUUCUUAAGAAUUAUUCAUUAAUCACAAAAUAUACAGUUAUAGGUCUUCAGCAGGUGUCAGGAGUCCCUACUAAUUUUUUAGCUUCAUAUUUAGUUAACACCAAGCUUGGCCGCACUCGAACACUUUCCUACUCAUUGUUUAUUAUAAGCGUCACUAUAUUUUUGUUCAGCCUGGCAAAUGAUAUUAUUCUUGUAUAA